GCAGCAGUGACAUGUUGUUUAUUUCACAGUUUAUUCCCAACCAACGGUGAAGAAACCUUAUUAAGGAUUUUUAUUAACAGAUCCAGAUAACCAUUUAACGCUCACCAUACCUCUCCGAUGGGAUAAAAUAUUUGGUAAUUCUCAAAUAGUGGAAAAUGAUCGUAAAAUAAGAGAAAAAUGGAAGAGAAGCAAGAGUAUGAGGAAACCAAGACCCGCGGUGAAGGUAAUAAUAGUAAUAAUAAACUCAAACAAGAAGCAGAGGUGAGGGAUGAAGUGUCUGAUAAUGUUCUCCAUCAAUCUGACAAUGAGAGAGAAGAUGAUGAGGAGACCAGAAUCACCACCACAACAAGAGAAGGAGGACAGGAAUUGGUGGAGGCAGUACUGGAUGUGGUGGAAACGUCAUGGGUAAUGGAGGAGACCAACACCACUACUACUACAGGAGCCCCAGUGGAGGUGGAGGUAGAGAUAGAUGACACAACAGGAGAGGAACAUGCCAACCAAGACUAUGUUGUGGAUCUAGCUCAUCAUUUUGACCGAGUCUUUGCCCACACUACCUUCAACAGCUUUAAAGAAUUUGAAGAUUUAUUCAACCAGUUCAAGAAGGAGACGGGAUCAGUGUUCCGCAUCAAGUCAUCGUGCAGUGUUGUCUAUGAGAACUCCCGCAGAAAGAAGCAUUUCAUUCCUGCUCGGUUCAAGUUUGUGUCUGUAAAGUACUGCUGUGUGCACUAUGGCCAACCCAAGAUAGCUGGCCAAGGUAUUCGCACCAAACAAAGAUACCUUCCCUGUGGAUGUGAGUGUGUGUUGUCACUCUCCUACAACAGAGGAGCUCUUGUUAUAUCUCAAGCAAAUAUGCAGCACAACCACGAGGUGAGCAAUGAAAUGGCUCCAUACUACGCCAUCAACAGGCGCAUCAGUAACUCUGAGCUGAGGCAGGUGACCGAUGUCAUAGAGUUGAUAUCAAGCAGUCGUGAAUUACAGCAAUUCUUACAAGAGCACUUCAACAGACCCAUCACGCUUCAGGAUGCAAAGAACAUACGAGCAAGACUGAAGGCACUGCAAAUGAAUCAGAUGACAAAUUCUGGUUCUGCUGUUAGGUCACUUAAAUCAGACCCCAAAACCCAGGAUGUGGAAGAGGAGGAUGGCUGUGAUGGAAGAGAUAAUAAUGACAUUGAAAUUGUCGAUGAGAAGAUAGGUAUGGACGAUGUCAAUGAUGUCAGCGAUGAAAAUAUACUUCACCCGGAACAAGAGCAUCACCAGCCUCCUCACCAGCAUAUAGAAGGACAACAACCUCUACAGCCUAAAUGGAAGGAGAAAGUUAUCAAUGAAGUGAAUGCAAAGUUAAUUGACCUGAUGCACAGUUGUGAGACAAAUGUGUUUUGGGAACGUAUAUCUGUUAUUAACCAAGUAAUAGAAUGUUGGGAGAAUGGAGAUAAUUUUGACGUUCAUUACGCAUCAGAAAAUGUUUACACUAGUGAAGAACAAAUUAUUAAAAAGGAACCAGAACUCACUCAGAGCGGAUGUUGGGGUUCAGAUUUGCAGCAGAGACGAGGAGCUACACGAGGGAGGCCCAGAAAAACUCCAGCAGUGAACAUAUCCGAAUCAUUAGAAAAUUCUUCAGAGUCUCAUAUGAAUUUCAUGCUUCCUGUCUUAAGUGGGUCAAAUAUGCAGUUUUUGCCAGCCUCCCUUAAUGGUGAAUCUCUAAAAUUAAUUCUUCCUCAAAAUGAAAAUAAAGUAGUACAGAGUAAACCGACUGCUAUCCAAAAGAGGCGUCCUGGCAGACCUAGAAAAAACCACAUAAAGUUUCCUGCAAAAAGUGAAGAAGAAAUGGGUAAAAUGUCCUCCGCCCAAAUGCCAUCAGAUAAUCCCAGCUCAUUGACUAAUUAUCCCUCAACCAAUAGCUCGUCAAGAUCCAGUGUCGGUCAUGUCAAUCAACCCAUCAUCAUGUCAGUUACCAAAGAAAAUACCCCAGAUAUGUGUGAUCAAGCCAUGGAGGUUGAGAUAGAGAUUGAUGGAGAUCUGGUCAAUGUAAAACAUGUUAAGUUAGAGCCUUUAGAAUAUCAUGAAGUAGAUGUAGCUGAUAAUAGUCUCCAUCAGUUAGGAGAACAUUCAUAUGUCUAGGGUCAGUAAUGUAGAGGGAGUACCUGACCAGUGCAGAAAUUGUCUUGUACAGCAGUUGGGAAGACAGGAGGAGUUUGUGUUUGCUUCUGACACCAGCCACCAUGUACAGUAGUGGGAUGUAAAUAUCACCUACCUGAUAUCGUUAUUUCAUAUUCAUUCACAUUUAUCAAGCCCCCCAUGAUAUUGUCAGUAUAUUUUCAAACUUUCAUAUAUAAAAAAAAAUUUCUUUCCACAGCUUUAUUUUUUCUUGUGGAAUUUCCACUUUGUCCUUUCUAUCUCUUCCUGUUCCCGGCAUCUACCCAAAUGUCCAAUUCUAGCAGGAACUUGCUUGCUUGAUUUGUUUUACUGGCCGUCAACAUCUUAGGUCAUCAUGGCUGUAGUCUUGUUAUUUUUAUAUUCUCGUUCUCUUCCUUUUGUUCUUUUUCUUCUUCUAGAUGGUCCACAUUUGAUCUUCUUCCUCACAAAUAUGCUGUUCUUAGUUUUCUUGUUCUUCUAUUUCAUUGCUUUCUUCAUCUUCAUGUUUCUUCUUUUCUUUGUCUAUAUUUCUUUGUUCUCUUGUUUCUUCUUUUCUUCUUUCUUCUAUUUCUUUGUUCUUCUUUUCUUCUUUCUUAACUUUAAGGAUAGCCUCCUUAUAGUUCAGUUUUUCUUGUAUUGCAACUUGGCUAUCCUUCACUCCUCCCUCCACUUGGGGCACUCCUGGUCGGAGAAGGAAUGAGGACCGCUGCAGACUGCACACUUCUUCUGUGUUGCUUUAGAUGAGGUCUGCUGGUGCUCGGUCGUUCCACAUGUGGCGCAGACCUUACAAGCCUGGCAUUUCGUUGGUCUUGGUAUGUAUGGUUUUAUUGGAACGAUGUCCUAUCCGAGUAAAAUCUCUUUGGGAAGUGCACCGAGGAAACCAACCACGGCAGAGGUGACAUCCCUGUCAGAUCUCGAUAGUUUCCUCUGGACUGCGCAUUCUAUGAUGAGUUCAUUGGGCUUCAUAUGUUCUAUAUCGGUGUGGGAGAUGACCCCCCACACACUGUGUUGUCCCAGAAUUCAACAGUCAGCUUGACUGGCAUGUCAUUGAUGCACGUAAUGUCCUUCGGUUGUUUGCCCCCCCCCCCCCAAGUCACCGAAAGUAACCAUAGGGCCACCACUCAGCUGAUGAUGACCUUCAUAAUCCCCCUCUAUACCCGAAGAAGUAAAAAAACUUCUUCAGGAUGAGGAGGUUCAGCUUCUCAGGAGGGGUUGAAGAUGGAGGAUAUAACCUUGCGGUCUUAAGCUUUCCCCAUGUGACUUUCGUGGCUGAGGUCUUGUCUUGGAAUGAGCAGGAACAAACCAUUGAAUAGUAUACAGUACUGUGCAAUACAGUACUCAAAUUUGGCAAUACUGUACUCAGUGGUUUGUUCAUGCUAACAUCAGACAUAGUCCAGUGAUUGUUUUUCCAGUUAUGCUCGUUCUAUUCAAUACUGUAAAUUAAAACACACAUACAUUACUGUUUAGUGAAAAUCCCAAUGAAAACAGUUGCAUUAUUAUGGGUCUUAACCUAAAAGACCUCUUGACUCAAGCUGCUUAGAUGUCUGAUCUUGUGAUGCAGAUAUCUAGACAAAUAAUACUUGUAAGAAGGUUAGUGAAUAUUGUAAUGAAGAUCAAACAAAUGGUUUCAGCAGCAGGCUUUCAAGUGAAAUAUACAAGUAACAGUGGAGAUAUUUUCCAGGGUAAUUUAACCCAUCCUUUUCAUGCAGACUAAUAUUCUUGGGUUGGGAGCUUAUACUGUACCUCUUUCAGUCAGUUGCCCCCUCUCACAUUAUCUCGCUACACAUACGUCUGUUUAGUUGUACAAAACUAUAAAUUUGUGGUAGGUUUUCCAUCACAAUUUAUAACUUAUUGAUAUACAGUAUGAAUAUGUGUGCUUUGGGCAUACAAUAUGUACACCCUUUCAUACACAUGAUUACAGAUAACUUUUGUAAACUCGGCCAACUCUGGUAGUACUGUAUAGCUAUAUAGUACUGCAUUUCUAUGGGCUGGAAAUCCAGGUUACCAAGAUCCCUGAAAUUUUUGACUGGAGCUAAUUUGAAAAUUAAUUGAUGUUCCUGUGCAAUAAAUUAUCAGCAAUUUCUGCAUUGAUACACAAUACAGUUUGAUGUUUUAUAGCCAAGUUAUGUGACAAAUAGAAGCCUCUUGUUAGUAUAGUGACAGACUCCAAGCCCUGUGCUGUGAGUGUUAACAUGUCCCACACCAUUUUAUUCAUUCAAGGGGGAGGUUUGAGAAGGGAAGAUCAACUGAUUUUCAUGUAACUUCCCGUCAACAGUGUGAGCAGUCCUGGUUACUGUAUAUCGAGUCAUUUCCAUGCUGUUUUGUAGAAUGGGAUAUCAAGAUUAAUCCCUCAUUGAUAGACAUUUAUAAAGUAAAGCAGGUUAUACUCUACUGUACUUACUAAACACUUGACAGUAUAGUUUUACCUGUAUACUGAUGCACAUUGCUGCAUCCAGGUCAACUGCCAGUCCCUUGGUGUUGGUAUGAAAUCACUUCAUCUGCCCUCAGUAUUUAAUUGUCCUAAGGAGCAAUACAGUACAACUCAAACUCAGUCCAUAAACCAUCUGCUUGCUGUUUAAAAUGUACAUAACAUUGAGAAUGUUAUAGUGUGCACCAGAACAUAAUAAGAUACUUACACCAGAAUGAAUUAUCGAUACAGUGUGUCAGUGAUAGAUUACUGGUGUCGCUUAAUCCCAUGUUGUCAUGUUCAAUUAAGAUCUGUAUGUGAACAGUAGUCAUUUGGCCAGGAUAUAAUAAACUAAGAUGGAUGGUGUUAAUAUUUUUACUUUCAAUAUUUGUUAUGCAUUUAUGUUUAUAUUGUGAAGUUCUUGUUAAAUUUAAAUCGGGCCAUAAUAGUCCAUCUAUAAAUUGCACCAUCUUUUUUUUGUGUGAUGUAAUUUAUAGUUUAAUAUAAAAAUAUAUUAAAAUCUCUUAAAAAGUU